AAAACCAGCCCUUCUUAGCGCUCCGAGGAAAUCAAGAGGCAGAGUUUGAAUGGAUUUUCUAUAAAUAUUUACCCCUAGGAAGCCGCUGCCGAGCUCGUGGGAUCCACCGGCAGCAACUGGCCUGAGAUUCUGCUUCUCUCUCCUGCCUUUGGAAGGCAAAUUACUUUCCAGAGGGGAAGGGGGAGAUCCGGAUCCCAGCUCCAGCUCCAGACUGACCCGAAAAGCAGUGCCGGGAUUUAACUAACUCUCCCUGAUGGAUCUGAAGGACAGCACCAGCGAGGGCAGCAUGGGCAGCCUGCAGCCUUCCAGCAUCCAGAUCUUUGCCAACACCUCCACGCUCCACGGGAUCCGUCACGUCUUCGUCUACGGGCCAGUGACCAUCCGUCGCCUGCUCUGGACCUUGGCCUUUGUGGGCUCACUGGGUCUCCUCCUGGUUGAGAGUUCAGACAGGGUGGCUUACUACUUCUCCUACCAGCACGUGACCAAAGUGGACGAGGUGGUGGCAAACAGCCUGGUCUUCCCUGCUGUCACCAUCUGUAACCUCAACGAGUUCCGCUUUUCCCGGCUCACCACCAACGACCUGUACCACGCUGGGGAGCUCCUGGCUCUGCUUGAUGUCAACCUGCAGAUCCCCAACCCUCACCUGGCUGACCCGGCCGUCUUGGCCAUCCUCCAAGAAAAGGCCAAUUUUAAACAGUAUAAACCAAAAGUUUUCAACAUGCAGGAGUUCCUGGCGCGGGUGGGACACGACCUGAAGGAUAUGAUGCUGUACUGCAAGUUCAAAGGCCAAGAGUGCAACCACGAGGACUUCAAAACUCUGCCACUGGAUGGGAGUAACAUGAAUCACCACACACCACAGCUGUGUGGUGUGGCCAUGCAGGGAGAAGGAGAAGCAUUGAACCCGAUACUUGUCACCAGCCCAAGCUUGGACCAGCCAUCCCAAAGAGGGAUGUCACUAUGGGUUUCUCUACCGUAGGCAUUGCCCAGGAGGUGCCACCUACUCAGUCAUUGCCCAUGAGAAGAGGAGAAUGGUUCAGGAGUGACUGCUUGAGGAAGAGAGCACCCACAGCUUGAAUACCUCAUGGUCUUGGGAAGAAUAAUUUUGUAGACUGUAUUUUAAGGAGAGAACGUAGGAUCAAAUUUUGGAUUUCAGACAGCCUUUGGAUGCCAUCUUUCCCUCUUCCCCAUAACAGUUGUUAUCUCUAGCUUAAGAAAUACCUCAAACAUUACAUUGUCAAAAGCAAGACCUCCUCCACCAGCUUCCAGAAGAACCAGCUGCUGGACAACAGAGUUAAAUCUUCGCUUGAAAACUUUACCCAGAGAUCCCCAGCAACACUUUUUCCUGUCCCAGGUGGCUUCCAAAUUGCAGACACUGAAAAAUUCCUGACUGCAUCCCCCUGCUCUGGUUGUAGCA